AGACCAGGAGUAAGUGAUGGGAGUGAUCUGCCAAGCCUUCAUCCAGGUGCCCUCUUAUACCGAGCUGCAGAACAUCGCUAUCUUCCCACUAUGGCAGAUGCUCUUGCGCAUGGUGCAGAUGUGAACUGGGUGCGUAGUGAUCAGGAAGGACGGACACCACUGAUCCGAGCUGUGCUUUCUGACUCUCUGGUGGCCUGCGAGUUUCUCCUGCAGAACGGAGCAAGUGUCAAUCAGGUGGAUAAGAACGGCCAGGGACCUCUGCACCAUGCCACACUGCAGGGGUACACAGGGCUGGCCUGUCUCUUUCUGAAGCGGGGGGCAGAUAGUAACGCUCUGGAUAAUGAUGGGAAAGACGCCCUCUCCAUCGCCAUUGAAGCAGCGAAUGCGGACAUCGUAACACUGCUGAGAUUGGUGAAGAUGAGGGAGGCAGAUAUUGCUCUUGGCCAAGCAGGGGAUGAAACCUAUUUGGAUAUAUUUCGGGAUUUCUCGCUGAUGGCAUCAGAUGCUCCGGAAAAGCUGUCCCGGCGAAGCUGUGAUUUGCGGCUGAGCACUCUGUGAGCGCUUGCAGGGCAUGACUGCAGGAUUGCACCGACCGGAGUGCCACGAAGCAAUGACUUUCAGGCAUUGUUACUAAUACAUAGACAUUUAUUGAUGACAUCAUAGCACUGUGUUGGUGAGCUGCAGUGAUGUCACGGCACAGGUGGCAGAGCUGGGAUGUUCUAGUAGCCUCUCAGCAGGUGAGGUGAUUGGUGUGAGGCUGUGGCUGUCUAUUCCAUUCUCCGCGAGUGGGCUACAGGGACACAAGGGGAGGGUUAGAUCUCUCCUGUGUUCUGACGCAGGUUCCUCCAUACUGCACUUAGAACUGAUAGUUCCAUUGCUCAGCAUCAACUCCUGUUUGGCUGGUGAAGGGUCAUGUGUCCUGAUUUCUGAUUGGCCAGUUGUGUUCCUGCAGCAGAUUCCAGGGAGGGUGAGGACAAUGAGCGCUCCGAGGAGGAGGAAGGAGCCGGAGAUGAUAAAAGACAAAGAGAAGUCACCGGUCAGAUCACACAGCCAGCCUGAAAGAGACGGAACAGAUGUGAUCUGCUGGACAUUAUCAUAGAGUCCAGACAUAGAGGGAUGCACAGGCUGAUCCUCUGUCUAUUGUACAUAUAAUAAAUACAUUCUUUUAUCCUGGAA